UACACAUGGUACUGUGAACAACUGUGAACCCUUUAAACGUUGGAAAUCCAUCCAAAGACUCAAGAAGAAAAGCUUAAAAGAAAAGAUUGAAGGCAUAUUAAUUUUCUUUAUUUGAAAAAUACUUCAAAAGAAAAAAAUCGAAUGCAUUUACAUUAGUGAUUAAAUUCUUGAUCAUUCUCCGAAUCGCACGAGAAUGAGUAGCUCGAAGAAAUUGGAAAAAACCGGACCAAUUGACAAUGCGUGGUCGUUGAAAAUACCAGAAUUUAAAGAAGAGGAUAAUCCACAUCGUCUUCUCGUGGAGAGCUCAUUUGCGACGAUGUUUCCAAAAUACCGCGAGCAAUAUUUGAAGGAACAUUGGCUUCUGAUUCAAAAAGCGUUAGAUGAGCACCAUAUCAAGGCUGAACUGGAUCUCAUUGAAGGAAGCAUGACAGUGAAAACUACCAGGAAGACUUGGGAUCCAUACAUAAUCAUCAAAGCACGUGACGUGAUCAAGCUCAUGGCUCGUUCGGUUCCCUUCGAGCAGGCUAUUAGAGUUCUCCAGGAUGACAUUACUGCAGAUAUCAUAAAGAUAUCCUCCUUUGUCAGAAACAAGGAGAAGUUUGUCAAGAGGAGACAAAGGCUUAUUGGACCAAAUGGAUGUAAUUUGAAAUCCAUUGAGCUGCUAACUAAUUGUUAUGUCGUGGUUCAGGGUCAAACUGUUUCGGCACUGGGACCUUAUAAAGGCGUACAGCAAGUGAGAAAAAUAGUACAAGAUACUAUGAAGAAUGUUCAUCCAGUUUAUAGUCUCAAGACAUUGAUGCUUAAACGAGAACUUUCUAAAAAUUCAAAAUUAAAGAAUGAGAAUUGGGAACGAUAUCUUCCCAAGUAUACCAGCAAGAAUAUAAGUAAGCGCAAAGAACCAAAGAAGAAGAGGGAGAAGAAACCGUACACUCCAUUCCCACCGCCUCAACAAGAAAGCAAAAUCGAUAAGGCAAUGGCGUCUGGUGAAUACUUCUUAAAGGAGGAACAGAAGAGGGCAAAGAGAAAGAAGGAACUGGAAGCGAAACACGAAGAGGCAACCAAGAAGAGGCAGGAGCGUAGAGCACAAGCAUUUGUACCACCUGAAGAAAAAUCUGUUGAAAGUGAAACUGGAAAGACUGAUAUAGACAUUGCUGAAAUAAAAAGGAAAGUUCAACAAGGAUUGAAAAAGCAUAAUAGAAAAUAAUGUGGAUAUCUUUUAAACAUUAAUGACACAGUAUGAUGUAUAAAGUGAUAUGAGAAAUUAAGUUUUGUCACACAAAUAUAAAUUUACG